UUUUGGUACUGAGUUCAUGACUGGUUUUGUUGUGUUAUUUUUAGGCAUUUUGUGAUCGGCGAAUUAGCAGAGCAAAAUAAAGAUUCUUUUGCCAUUGAAUGUGUGAAAAUUCGAGUAGGUCUUUAUGACCAUUUCUAUUAAAUUGUAAAAGACUUAAUUGUGCCAAACGUAUAAAUAUAUGUGAAGAGCUAUCAGAGCCAGUUUCGCUAUUACAUUCUAGAAAAUAAAUAUAAGCUAGGAAUAAGAUGAAUUUGCUAUUGGUAUUUCUGCUAAUAUUGGCAGUACGACUUGCAUCGGUGUUUAUAGUCCAAACGUCCUAUGUGCCGGAUGAAUAUUGGCAAAGCUUGGAGGUGGCCCAUAAAUUAACUUUUGGAUAUGGAUAUCUAACGUGGGAAUGGGUGCAGGGAAUACGCAGCUAUGUGUACCCAUUAUUGAUAGCAGGUGUUUACAAAUUAUUAGCCUUACUUAAUUUAGAUACGGUGCAGUUAUUGGUAAUUGUACCCCGCAUACUGCAGGCCACAUUGUCGGCUUAUUCAGACUAUAGAUUCUUUGUGUGGUCUGGUAAAAAGAAAUGGGCGUUGUUUUUAGUCCUUGUGCCGUGGUUUUGGUUCUAUAUCGGUUCACGAACUUUAUCAAAUACUCUAGAAACAUCACUGACUACCAUAGCUUUGAGUUACUUUCCUUGGAGUGGGGAAAAUACCACAUAUUUAUGGUUUGCGGCAAUUUGUUGUUUCUUAAGGCCUACUUCAGCCAUUAUUUGGAUACCAUUAUGCAUUUAUCAUUUGCGUAAAAGUCGUUUGUCAGCAAGUGAUCUCAUCUUCAAACAUUUUUUGGUUAUUGGAUUGUUAGUUGGUGCAGUUUGUGUGGCAAUAGAUACUUACUGGCAUGGUAGGAUUAUCAUUACACCGUAUGAAUUCUUCAGAUAUAACAUUCUACAUAAUAUUGGCAGUUUUUAUGGUUCACAUCCAUGGUACUGGUACUUCACUGUUGGCUUACCAACGGUUUUGGGCAUCAAUACAAUACCAUUUAUAUUCGGAGUCAUUGAUACCGUACGCCAUAAGAGGAAUUAUCCUGUACGUAAGCAGCUACUUAUUAUCAUUUUGCUGUCGUUAGUAGUGUUAAGUACCAUCGAGCAUAAAGAGUUCCGUUUUGUUGCGUCUCUAUUGCCUCUAUGUCUCUACAUAAUUGCUGAUACAUUAACGCGAUGGAGUUAUAAUGCCUCCAGGAGCGUUCUUUGGUUCGCUGCGUUGGUUAUAGUUGUUGGCAAUGCGCUCCCAGCAUGGUACUUAAGUACUGUACAUCAGAAAGGACCCAUAGAUGUUAUGACACAUGUCCAGCAAAUUGCCCGUGAUUACAGAGAUGAAAACGAACAUCGUGCAAGCAUACUCUUUUUAAUGCCUUGCCAUUCUACACCAUAUUAUAGCCACGUCCAUGAAAACAUUACCAUGCGGUUUCUAACUUGUGAGCCUAAUUUACAAAAUACAGCCAAUUACGUCGACGAGGCCGACCAAUUUUAUAGAUCACCAGUCCAUUGGCUCCACUCACACAUACCUUCGUAUCCGCGCACUGCUAUGCCCUCACAUAUUGUGCUCUUUGAACCAUUAGCACCGGUCAUAAAUGAAUUUCUAAUUAACUACAAAAUUUUACAUCGUGUCUUUAACGCUGAGGUGAACGAGAAUAUUCAGGCAGAACAUUUACUCGAUGAAUGGUCAAGAGUACUGAAAGACGAAGACGUAAACAUUGAAUCAUUACUUAAAAAUGUACGCAAUCGCAUAGGUAAGAAUAUAUUGGUGUAUCAACGCCUUCUCGCGGGAGAAGAAAACACCUUCAAUAGAGAUGACUUCAAGAUUCCGCAAAAAUCUCAAGUAAAAGACGAUACACCCGUUAACAUUAAUGAAGAAUUGAAGCAGCAACACAAUAUGUUUAAUUAAACAGCUGACACUAUGAAAACACUUUAGAAAGUGCAACGUGAAAGUACACAAUCGUGGGUGCUUCAUUGUUCGGUACAUUUAGUGCCAACAUAAUUUUUGCAUAUCUAUCGAUGCAAUAUAACAAUAAAUUUCAA